AUGGAGGCAGCACAACAAGCCGCCGGCCAGCCCGCCCCCGAAGAGACUGCGCCCGCCCCCGAGCCCGUCAUCACUGCUGCUGCUGCUGCUGCUGCUGACGAUGACACCGCCCAUGAUACCGAUGCCUCUCUAAAUGCCUCUCCUGGUGAUAAUGAUGAUGACAACAACGUCGAUGACGACGCUACCCCAGAAUCUCCUGUGCCUCCAAGCUCUACUAAGGGUGGUCGCGGCACAGGCAGAGCCCCAGGUGAGCAAUAUGCUCGUCGAGGGACGCGCCGCGCCUUACGCGAGACCAUGGCACCCAGCGUCUACAGCAUACCCAGCUCUGGCGCGCCCGCCUCCUUGCCCCCGACCCAGCCUGAUGCGAGAGGACCUAUGACGCCGCACCAGGUGAACCCGGCUGUCACAUAUGAUCACCCUGAUGCGGGAACUCCUUUUCUCACGCCCAGGACCAGAGACGCCAAAGUCAACUUAAUGAAUAAAUUUGUCGACAGGCUCUACUACGCUUCUACGGACAUGCUGACCCACCUGGCUCUUGAAGGUCCUGAGAGGGAUGAGGCCUGGGGAGACGAACUCCAGACUCACAAGGACAUCUUUGAAAAUUACUACAAAGUCUACAAUGAGAAGUCCGACGAUUUCAUCGACAUCAAUGUCGUCUCGGACAAAACAAAGGCUGAAGAAUCCCCCCUCUGGUCAAGGAUGACCAAGGCCGUUGCAAACGCCAAUCUUGCAAAACUGCUGAGCAGCAUUCAAGAGCUGGAGGACGACCCGAACCUGGUCCUCGAGCGCCUGCCACGCCUUGAGAAGAUUGAUGGCCACUUUCCGGUUGCGUUCGUGCCCGGAGGCAGUAAAGGCUUGGAUGCCUCCGUACCUGAUGAUGAUAUACUGAGGCAAGCCUUCCACAUCCGCACCCAACGUUACAUCGAGACCCUUCGCGGGGUGCAGAACGCCGUUCCCCUCCGCCUCUUUGCUCGCGUCUUUCUUGAUAUCAACCUUGAGGGCGUGGAUGACGACUCGAUCAGCGGAUACAUUGAAGGAGCGCCCCUCAGAGCUUUCCCCGGAUUCGAUAUCUCCAACGACAACGCGCAGAAAUACCGCGAUGCCAUCGACGGGUUCCGCGCCAUGAUCUUGGAAAUGGACACGACUGCCAUCAUAAGUAACCUAGACCAAGAGUACCCGUUCCAAACCUUCUUGGAUGAGCUGAAGGAUUGGAUCAAGUCAUUCGAGGCCAAGCUCGGCGCACCCACUCAGCCUGUGUCCCUGAACGGUGACGGAUCCUACUCUGUGGAAGAACAAUUACAGCAGGACAUGAGAGCUGCGCACAUAGGAAAGGCCCGCGAUCUUAGCCAAGCUGCAAUCAGAGGCAACGAUGGGUCUAUGUAUGCAGCCGCCGCCGCCGACGCUACGAGACGAGUUCGUAAGCGAGGUCGAAAGAGCGGUCCCGAAGAAGACCCCGCAAGCAAGCGAGCCCGGGCGGCUGAUGCCGCUGCUAUGCCUCCUCCUCCCCCUCGCCAAAACGCAGGUGGAGCGAUUCCUCCAUCUUCCGCAAUGCCCGAGCCUAUACCUGGGCUCAUCGAUGUCGUAGCUAUGUCACGGGCCUCCCAACUUAUCUCAAAGGCCAAUCGAAAGCCGUCGCAGCCUAAGCAGAGGAGGCCGUGGACAGCACACGAUACUCAGCAACUCAUCACAUUCCCUUCAAUGUUCCAGAGCGUGAUCAGCAAGGCCUGCGACAAAGCUCGCCUCGUCAAGGUCGACAUUUUGAAGACCGAUUCGCAUCUUCCGCCCGGGUUUGACCUUGUUGUAUUAGGCAGGAAGGAGAAGGAUAUGGUUAUUGCUGCUGGAAGGAACCCCGAGCGCAGAGAAGAAGACAAUGAUCCCGACCAGGGCCCACCACGCAAUACGCUUUAUGACCCCGCGGCUCAUCAGAGACAAGCUGCCAAUGAGGCACCAGUGCCGCAAGAUUACCAGAGUGUCGCCGCCGACGCUGUCGAUGACGCUAAUCUCCGAGCCCUCCAAGAGGCCCAAAUGCAACCCGAGGCCCCCAUUGGGGGAGGCGCGCCCACGGCUCCAAUGCUGGCGCAAGAAGGGAUUGGCGGUACUGCUCCCAGCGAGUCUCUCGGCGAUUUCGAGCCUCAGGACCCGCUUUCAGUUCCUAAUGGUGCCAUCAUUGACGGUGCUCUUUCUGAGGCAGGUCCGAGCAACGCGGUGAACGCAUAG